AUGGGUGAUCCUUGCACAAUGCUGCUGAUGAUGGGCAGUAACUCAAAAUGUAUAGAGAAUGUUAGAAGAAUGCUGGAGAAAAACAUUUCGCCUAUGCCAAUUAUUGGGCUUUACGUAGCAAUCGCUUCAGUGUCAUGUGGGUAUGCAAUUAUCUAUAACUCAGUUUUUAUGUUUUCAAGCUUACUCCCUACUAACUCCUUCUUAUUCGUCAAGUUUUUCGAUUUGAAUGCAACUUGGCUGACACUAUUAGCUGUGGCUACCAAGCUCACUGGAGACCUCACAUCUCCCAUGUUGUCUUACAAUGAUAACUUCUCAAAAAUCAGUAGCACACUUUUCUUAACUGUGGCCAUGGGUCAAUUUUUCACCACACUGGGCUCUAUGAACGGCAAUGAUAUGCGAAGCAAUGUCAUGGCUUUGAGCAUAUUGGUAUUCACCAUCCUUGUAGAUUUAUGCAUCCAACUGAGAACUGGUGUACUUGAUUUCUCAUUAUUUCCAGAAAUCAUCUUCGCUCUUGUUUUGCUAUUCUGCAUGUUCAUAGCAAUUGUGUGUUCAGCUCUAGCACUUCCAGCAAUUAAGAAACACGCAGAAUCAAAGCAUCAUAUGCUAGUGAAACAGAUGGAAGCAACAGCUGGGCAACAUUCACUUAAUAGAGUUGAAGAGCUGAGAUUGAGGGUUACAAAGUAUUGGGUGAUGGCAGCAUCUGGUAGCCCUCAAUUUCUGAUCACAAGGUUGCCCACUUUCGUUUUUACAAAUAUCAUCACCCUAUUUUCUGCACUUAUUUCUAUUCUAGGAUAUAUUAGAAGUUAUACUACGGAAGCAUACUGGAUUACUUAUUGUCCUUCUAUGCAAUCUGAUUAUAAGUGGUCCGUCUCAUUGAUUAUACAUUCUCAGUUGAUUGCGGUGAUGCUGCCUGUCUUCUUUGCUGCAAUCUUAUUGACUACUGUCAUGAGUUAUAAGUAUGAGGACAAUGGGAUCAAAAUUUCCAGAAAAGAAUUCACAGUUGAGCCCUAUUGGACUGAAAAUCUAGUAGAAUGGUGUCAGACUCCAAUAUCUAUGAGAAUUCUAAGAUAUAUACUGCCCACAAAACUUUUUCACGAUACAAAAAGUUUGAUCUCAACUGUCUGCAUGCUACAUCAGACUUGGGUUGUCAGAUUUAUUAAGUUCUGUUGUGUUGUUUCUUUCUACGUCUGGCUUCCAUUACUAUUUUUAGUUAAUCUUUUACGCAAACUAUUGUCACCUGCGCAUCAAGUAUCAAAUGACCAAAUGAGAGAAGAGAUAGCAGACCUCAGCCACUUUGUGAUACUUCUUGAAGGAGAAAAACAAUUGCCAAAACCAUUGAUGAGGAAAAUCAUUUGUGUGGUGAAUAGUCAUAUUAAGUGGGGAAAGAAUCAACCACCACGUAGUCUACUCAAUCUUCUCAAACAAAGUUUCUUUUACAAAGGUGCAAUACAAUUUGACAGUAGCCAAGUUCCGAGUCUAUUAUCAGAAGAACCUCCUCAUUGUUGGACACUUCCAGUGAUGACACUCACAACCAUUGCCGUUGCACUUCCAAACAUUGCAAAUCAACAUGUUGAUGAGCUUGUAAGAUGUGUUGAUGAAGGCCUCCGAUAUGCAAGCUAUAUAGAUGUGCUGGACGAGAAGCAUGUGUUGAAAUGCAUUAAAAAUGCUGCAAGUGUGGUGUGGGUGGGAGUUAAACUUCAUAAGAAGUGGUUGGACAAGGAUCUUGGGGAUACAAUUAGGGAAAUUUGUUCUACCCGGGAGAUUAUUCAAGGUCUUGCUGAUGAAGCUGAAAGAAUUGUCAAAGAGUUCAGUUCUACGAGAAGCCAAUACCUUGUCGAAAAUCCUCUCUAUUGGCCUUCAAAUGUUUUAGCUGCUAAUUCAAUGUACAGAAUCAGCCGGACAAUUCUUUUAUACUAUGGGAAUGGUGAGUACCAAGCUGAAGAGUUGUUUAGAAAAUUAAUUUGCAUGAUUGCAAACAUAUUGACAGCGUGUCUUAUUAAUUUGCCGCACCUGAUAGCUACCAAGUGCAUAAACAAUUCUCUUGAAGAAAGGUUCAGAAGUGUUGAUAAUGCAGCUAUCCUUUUUGGAGAAAUUGAAGAUAUUCUGAAGUUAUUUGAAGAGCGGCAAUUUUUAGGAAUUGGUCCAAGUCAGCCAUUAUGCAUUGAUGAAUGGCUUAGAUGGAUGGAGUGUGAGACACAAGAUCCAACAGUUUCAACCUCAUCAACCGACAAUGGCGCAUCCUCUACUGUUGAGUCCAAUGAUGAGCUUGUGAUUGUUCCAAUGUAA